UUAGCUCAUCAUGGCUGCAUCCUCCAGCACUAUCCCGAAAACGUUUUGAUGCCCGGUGAGAAACGCGCGACCCUCAUAAAGAGUAAGGGCAUACACGACCUCUCGCUUCGUGAGCGCCAAGUCUUUGUGGAUGCCCUAAAAAACAACCUGCUUACCAUCAAAACCGUCACCAGACAAGGUGCUCUCGCGAAGCUUAUCGUGUCCCAUAGCCCUGUCAUCAUUGAGGAAGCGCCAGCUCCUCAUUCCAACCACACGCAUGGCCGACAAUGGUACGCUAAU